AAUGUUUGUGCUAUAUAUGUGUUAAGCUUCACAGUCCAUCUAAACUUACACCAGAAAUUACUUUUUCCAAAUGCGAUAGGCCAAUCCUUUCAUUUCCAUCCGUAACACCAUCCAUCCACCUAGUUCAUUCAAUGGCGGAAAACAGUUGCUGCAAAUGGAAGGAAAUAUUAAGUAAAAAUUUACCACGUAAAUGUCCAGCGAAUUGUUUCAAUCCAUUGAAUGGACCAUGUCCCGACUACAAAAUCGUCGAUGUCGUUAACCGGGAGGCCAGCGUUGUGAAAGCCAUACUCGAACCGGAGCCGCCCAUCCGCCGGAUAAUAGACACAAAGGCGCUCUGUUCCAAGUGCUGCGGCCUGGCCGAAAACACGCCGGAAAAGUGUUGUAACUUGUGUGACGCCCAAAAUGCUACCCAAAGAAAUAAUUUAUGUUCAGCUGCGUGCAGACCGCUCGGCACAAAGCUGCACUUGCAAGAGUGGACGAAACGCCCUCGACCGAAGCCCACGUAUAAGCACAGUGUUUUUGUGGAUAGUGAAACGUUAGCUGGACGUGUGUUUCCCGUCAAGUUUCGCUUACGUCGAAUAAAAAACCAUUGUAGCGAUUGUGGAAAGGAGCUGUACUUCCGUGAUCCCAUUACGGACAACUCAAACGUGGUUGUGCUCACGAACUGCUGCGACGUCAAGGUAUAUCACAACAGGGCACUCGAGAACUGGCACCGGGUGCCCAUUCUAUCCAUAACCGGUGACAGCAAGAUGAAAAAGAAAACAAUCAAUGAAAUAUGCCAACUGGAACCCAAGAAACUGCCGCCAGUUGUGGACAUAAUCGCCAAACCAAUUGACAAAUUGACCAGUAAUCAACGUAAAAGUAAAAAGGGCAAGAAGGGCAAGAAGGGAAAGAAAGGAAAGAAAUAAUGCUUUGGAAUAAAGUCGUCACUUAAAAACUAA